AUGGAUUUGGUGAAUAGCUGCAAGGAAAAGUUGGCUUAUUUUCGAAUAAAGGAGCUGAAGGAUGUCCUGACUCAGUUAGGGCUGUCAAAGCAGGGGAAAAAGCAGGACCUAGUUGAUCGCAUAUUGAAUGUCCUGCACGAUGCACAAGGUUCCAAGGCGUGGCCAAAGAGGGGCGUUCUUGGAAGGGACGAAGCAGCAAAACUUGUUGAUGACAUUUACAGGAAAAUGCAGGUUUCGGGUACUGAUUUAGCAUCAAAGGCGCAAUGUGUUUUGGAUAGCAGCAAUUCGAAUCCGAAAGUUGUUAAAGGAGAACCCGAGGAAUCUUUUCACCGUGAUACCAAAGUUCGGUGUCCCUGUGGCAGCUCAUUGGAAACAGAAUCGAUGAUUAAGUGUGAGGAUCCCAGAUGCCAGGUGUGGCAGCAUAUUGGUUGUGUUAUAGUUGCUGAGAAGCCUAUGGAGGGAAGUCCCCAAGUUCCCGAAGUAUUUUACUGUGAGAUUUGUCGACUGAGCCGAGCUGACCCCUUUUGGAUUGCAAUGGCUCAUCCACUAUCUUCUGUGAAGCUGGCCAUAACAAAUAUCCCAACUGAUGGCACAAAUCCAGUGCAGAAUAUAGAGAAGUCAUUUCACCUGACGAGGGCAGAUAAGGACCUAUUGACUAAGCCAGAAAUUGAUGUGCAGGCGUGGUGCAUACUUUUGAAUGACAAAGUCCCAUUUAGGAUGCAGUGGCCUCAACAUGCUGAUUUACAAGUCAAUGGUGUACCUGUUCGUGCGAUUAAUAGACCUGGCUCGCAACUGCUCGGGGCAAAUGGCCGUGAUGAUGGUCCAAUUAUCACACCAUGUACGAAGGAUGGGAUCAAUAAAAUAUCGUUAUCUGGAUUUGAUGCCCGGAUUUUCUGCUUGGGGGUAAGGAUAGUGAAGCGGCGUACACUUCAACAGAUACUUGGGUUGAUACCUAAAGAGUCUGAUGGUGAACAAUUUGAAGACGCACUUUCUCGUGUUUGCCGUUGUGUUGGUGGUGGAGCUCCAACUGAUGGUGCUGACAGUGACAGCGAUCUAGAAGUUGUUGCAGACUCCAUUACUGUCAAUCUUCGUUGUCCUAUGAGUGGUUCAAGAAUGAAAGUUGCUGGAAGAUUUAAACCGUGUGUUCACAUGGGCUGUUUUGACCUUGAUGUUUUUGUUGAGCUCAAUCAGCGUUCUAGGAAGUGGCAAUGCCCCAUUUGUCUGAAGAACUACUCAUUGGAUAGUGUAAUCGUCGAUCCUUUUUUCAACCGCAUCACUACUAAGAUGAGGCACUGUGGCGAGGAUGUAACAGAGAUUGAGGUAAAGCCUAAUGGGGCAUGGCGUGUGAAAACCAAAACCGAAGCUGAGCGGAGAGAUUUGGGAGAACUGGCACAGUGGCACAAUCCUGAUGGUACUCCAUGCAGCAUACCAAAUGGGGAGGUUCAGUCAAAGGUGGUGGAAACAGGGAAGCAAGUCAAGCAGGAAGGUAAUUCUGAAGGUCAUGGUACUAUUAAUGGUUUGAAACUUGGUCUUAGGAAGAACCGUGAUGGGCUUUGGGUAGUCAGCAAACAUGAGGGUAUGAAUGGCUCUUCUUCAGGGAACAACAGAUUGCAGCCGGAUAACUUUCAGCAGAAAGUUAUUCCCAUGACUAGCAGCGGUACUGGCAGUGGUGAGGAUCCAAGUGUGAAUCAGGAUGGGAAUUUGGAUUUUAAUAAUAAUAGUGGAGGAAUGGAACUCGAUUCAUUAGCUCUCAAUAUAGAUCCUACGUAUGGGUUUGGUGCACAGCAUAUUUCUGCUCCAGUGGCAGGGGAUGCUGCAGAGAUCAUUGUUCUUAGUGAUACAGAUGAUGAAGAAAAUGAUAUACUGGUGUCUUCUGGCGCUGGCUUCAACAACAACCAGAAUGAUGUUGGUGCGGCUGGUUUCUCAGAGGGGACCCGAUCUGGGAUUCCAGAACCACCUUAUCAUCCCGAGGAUCCUAAUCUUGGCGCUGCUGCUGGAACGUCCUGCUUGGGUCUUUUCAAUGACGAGAAUGAUGAUGAAUAUGGAGGAUUGCCCCUCUGGCCACCACCCCAGGGUGGCCCAGGGUUCCAGUUAUUUAGUUCAGAUGUCUCAGAUCCCUUGGUUGAUUUGCAUCAUGGUCCCACAUCAAUCAAUGGAUACAGUUUGGGUCCUGAUACUGGCGUGGGACAUGUCAAUUUGGUCCCACCAGAUACUUCAGUGGGUAGAUCUGACGGGAAUGGUGGGUUGGUUGAUAAUCCAUUGGCUUUCGAGGAAGAUCCUUCUCUACAACUGUUUCUUCCAACCAGGCCAUUAGAUUCGUCAAUGCAUUCCAAUAUGAGAGAUCAUCAUCAGGUCGAUGCAUCGUCUAAUAAUGGUGGGCUUCGAUCUGAGGAUUGGAUCUCUCUUAGGCUGGGAGGUGGUGCUGCCACUGCUGCUGGCGGUGGUCAUGGUGAAUCUGUACCACUUGCAAAUGGCAGCUUAACUUCAAGACAUGCGAUGCCUACUAAUAGAGAUGGUGCUAUGGAUUCUUUGACCGACACUGCCUCAUUACUUCUUGGGAUGAAUGACGGUGGCUCAUCUGAAAAGGCAAGUCGCCCGAGAACUGAAAGCCCUUUCUCGUUCCCUAGACAAAAGCGCUCUGUGAGACAGCGUUUGUAUCUUUCCAUUGAUACGGACUCUGAAUAG